CUGGCUCCUAGGGGCCAAAUGUAGCUGGGACAUGCGGCUCCCAUACCGCCUUAGCCUCGGCCGAGAGGAGAAGCUUUGGAAAGAUUUGCAGGCUGCCGGAAGCAAUGGAAGCAAUGGAUACGGAGCGACUGAAGUGAAAAGAUCAACCUGGGAGCAUCGAGGGGAACCGUUGCAGCUUUUCUUUGAAGCUGGCCUGGCAGCUGGGCGGCAGCUCUUUGCAUUGCUGUUGAUUAUCAUUCAGGUACUGGGACCUCACUCUCAUGAAAACAUCAUGAACUGUGAUCCUGUUAGGUGUGGGACCUAUCUAUCCUUUUUCUGCGAGUACACCAAGGCUUAUGUUCGCUGCUUUCCAUUGUUGGCCAUGGCUGUCUCGCUGAUGAUCGCGGCACGCAUGGUCUUGAACCACCGCCUCUACUACCAGCUCUUGAAGCACGAUCUGUUGAUUUCUUUUGAGCCAUUGCUCCCUUCACAGGACUCUCUUUUUCGGUUGCUGCUCUGGUGCUUGGUGAACGCCUUGCCUCAUUUCAUUAUGAACAUUUGGCUUGCACACCGUGAGUGCUUUCACCUUGUGAAGCUGGGUGAUUUGGCGAGCAGCGCAGAGAAGCUUAUGGCAGCAAACGUCCUGCAUGAUGCUCACCAGGUAGCGGUUUUCUAUUUCAUUCCGGCCGUUGUGUUUCUCAUCUUCCUCUUCAGCUCUUAUGACACCGAGGCCACGCUGCUGCCUCUCAGUAAGUUUUUUGAGGAUGAUUUCGAAGCCUCGCGGACAGUGCUGAACCGGGUCCGUUUCAUGAGGGAGAAGCACGUCGCGGACUACGUGCAGAAAGAGUUGAGCCCUCAGGCUACGGCUACGGGAGAUGUGUCCACCGGGGAGAUCUUCAAGCACCUCGCAGAGGCUGUAGCGACUGAUGCUCCUGUCAUGCGAACGCAGCAAGGGCUUCGCGCAGCCUACAAGAACGGAGAAGAAAGGUCGCAGGUCACCUGGACCAUGUGGCCAGCCCGUAUUCUUCUCGAUCCCCGCUUGUGUGACAAGGACGCUAUCAUCUUUCGCUGUGUGUGGUAUGUUUUCCUUGGUGUGCUGGGACUGCCCCUUUUGUUCGUCUUGUACUGCUUAUCCUCUCAAAUGUUCAAGGACGUCUUGGAUGUGUGGAGCGGGCAAAUGUCUGACAUGGCUGGAAUUGUGAUUGAGUUGGGUCACUUCAUCAUCUCCGGUCACCUGAGCUGGAUGCUGUACCGUAGAACGAUUAGUGAUGCUUCCUGAUUCCCCGCAGUGGCGGCCAAGACCAAGACAAACAAUUCCAUGUCAUUCC